AUGAAGUUGAAGCCCUUCGCUCACCUCACAAAGUCGGAGGUACUGGACCAGGUGAAGCGAAUGGGCUUCGCAUCGGAUUACCAUCCCUAUCAGAAGGACUUCGAGAAGUAUCCGCUAGAGGAUAUCCUCCUGCUUUUCGACCCUUCCAAAGCGUACGGCGAAAAGCUGGUGUGGUGCACCACAGAGGAAGCCUACAAGCGCGAGAUGGAAAGACUCACAGAGCUCCGCCAGGGCGUGAUGGACGAGUUCGAGAAGGAAAAUCAGAAGGGGGAGGAAGGCGGAAUUGAGGAUGAGCCAGAAGAGAACAUCGUCAUUCGUGAUCUCCCCAAGGAGUGUAAAGAGUGGAAGUCCGAGACGGCGGAGGCUACGCACGACGAGGUUCGUACCUUCACCGUCCACAAUAGCCGCCCACUCCUGGAGAUAAUGAUCACCAGGCCUCGCAGCCAAUUUGGGAAGUCGACGAAGUUCAGCGACUCAGGCGAGAACAAUCAGAAUUGCAGACCGCAGAAGGAUCACAAUUUCGCCCCUCCAAAAAAGGAGCUGGAGAUGGGAAUCCAGGCUGUAAAGGAGACACGAACAUGCUCCUGCCAGACCACUUGGUUCCGUCCCGUCAACAAGUCCACGCAGUACAUUCCGGGGGACUUCUUGCAGAAGGGCGCAGAUCUUGGCUAUGACAAGGUGGAUGAGCUUUCCAUGUUCCUCUCUACCGUCAGUGUCGGAGUCGAGGAGGCCCUUCAGACAAACGAGACGGUCGACAUCUUCCAAGAAGAGUUCUCGCAUUUGGGGGAGGAAGAGGCUGGCGCGAUCACGAAGACCCACUCGAAGCUCAAGGAGCACCCGAACUUCCACGAUGUGACCUACACGAAAGGAAAGCGCAUCGAGUGGGUCGAGUGGGUCCCGGGCUCUUCCGACAUGGUGGUCUCCUCCUGUUGUGAGAACCUGGCUUUCGUCGACCGGUUAGAGAACUCGGGCAAGGCUUCUGUGAGUACUGUGUUGGUCUGGUCCUUUGCGGAUUCCCUGAGCCCACAUGCCAUCCUGGAGUCUCCAUGGGAGGUCACGGUCUUCAAAUUUUAUCCUAGUGACCCGACCUUUCUCAUUGGUGGACUUGGGAAUGGACAAAUAGCAGUCUGGAAACUAUCCACCACCGACCUAGGUUUUGCGGCCGCAAAGACGACGAACCAUGCUGCGCGUGGGGGAAGCCUGGAGGAGGAGAAGAACUCCACCAUCCCGACAGUUACCCACCGCCAGAUGUCAAUGAUCGAUGAGUCGCACCGAAAAGCGGUGGUCGCCAUCGAAUUCAUGCCGGCGACGAUAGAGGUGGAGCGCCGCGGCAAGGGAGCCAGUGAGAAAAACCCAGCAGAUGCACCGAUCAAGUAUUUCUUGACCGUCGCAGGGGAUGGCCAGGUCAUGAUCUGGGACUUCCAGGCAAUGCUUGAUGCCAUCAAUGACAACGACUUCCUUUGGCGGCCUGUCCACCGCGUACAGCUACAGCGGCAGGACAGCGGCACUGAGAUGGGUCUUUGCCACAUCCUGCACUGCCAUGAUCGGUUCGACGACAAGGGCAACAAGCUGCUGACGAACUUCUACGCCAGCACGGAAGAGGGCGAGCUGAUUCUCGGGGAUUGGGCCGCUCGGGGCGAAGAGGAUCGGAAAGCAGAUGUCGUGAAGAAGAUGUACAGCACUUGCAAGACCUUCCGGCCUAUGCUGUCGCUGGAGCGAUCACCUUUCUUCGAAGACAUCCUGCUAGGGGUUACCGAUUGGGCCUUCUUCCUCUUCAAGGACGGGCUCAGUGAGCACUUGUUUAUGUCCUCUUACACCUCGACGUAUUACACUCGCGGUGUCUGGAGCCCCACACGGCCCUCGGUAGUUUUCCUUGGCCUUGUCAGUGGAGGGAUUGACAUCUGGGACUUCAGUGAUCAGUCUCACAAGGCGUCGCUGUCCGACACUGGGGCAUCUGUGGCGAUCACGUCCAUGAUGUUCUGCUACCACGGUGACAUCAAGGAGGGGCAGAAGCUGGCUGUCGGCGAUGCGCAAGGCCAUCUCCACAUCCAGAACAUCCCAAAGAACUUGAUAAAGCCUGGCGGCCGAGAGAAGGAAAACAUGAGGCGCUUCCUCGACAGAGAGGAGAAGCGUGUUCGAUACUUCCAGGAGCGGCAGCAGGAGCUGAGAGACCUGAAGGACCUGAUGGAGAAGCAGGCCCAGAUGGCAGCCGAUGGUGCCGGCGAAAAGGAGAAG